AUGAUCACUCUCUCUGAUUUCUACCAUGUCAUGACCGCGGUCGUACCGCUCUACGUCGCCAUGAUCCUAGCCUACGGCUCGGUAAAAUGGUGGAAGAUAUUUACCCCGGAUCAAUGCUCAGGCAUUAACCGCUUCGUCGCGCUCUUUGCGGUGCCGCUAUUGUCCUUCCACUUUAUUUCAACAAAUAACCCUUAUAAAAUGAACCUACGCUUCAUCGCGGCCGAUACCCUCCAGAAACUUGUGGUUCUUGGGGUACUGGCCGCGGUGAGCAACCUCUCCAAACUUUUAAGUUUGGAGUGGUCGAUAACAAUGUUCUCGCUUUCUACGUUACCAAAUACGUUGGUAAUGGGGAUUCCUUUGCUUAAAGGAAUGUAUGGUGGCGAAUCGGGUAGUUUGAUGGUGCAGAUUGUUGUGCUUCAAUGUAUUAUUUGGUAUACGUUGAUGUUGUUCUUGUUUGAGUUCCGGGGUGCAAGAUUGUUGAUAAAUGAACAGUUUCCGGGGGCUGGAGGUGCGAUAGCGUCGAUUCAUGUCGAUUCGGAUAUCGUGUCGUUGGACGGACGACAGAUGUUAGAGACGGAGGCGGAGAUUAAGGAGGAUGGGAAGCUUCAUGUCACCGUUCGGAAAUCGAAUGCCUCGAGAUCCGAUGUGUUUUCGAGACGGUCGCAAGGGUUUUCGUCGACGACGCCUCGGCCGUCGAAUUUAACGAAUGCGGAGAUUUAUUCUCUACAGUCGUCUAGAAACCCGACCCCGAGAGGGUCGAGUUUUAAUCAUACAGAUUUUUAUUCGAUGGCUGGUGGCGGUGGUGGGAGGAACUCGAACUUUGGAGCUUCGGAUGUCUACGGGCCUCCUGUGUCUAGAGGCCCGACUCCUCGCUCUUCCAACUAUGAAGGGGAAGGGGGAGGGAGUGCGGCAAAUAAGAACCGUUUUCAUCAUGGGGUGUUGGGUGGUAACUACCCAGCGCCCAAUCCUGGGAUGUUUUCUCCGUCGACGGGAAAACCUAAUGAACCGUUGACCAAGAAGGCCAACGGGCAAAAAACAGACGAGGGUAAUAAUGAUCUACAUAUGUUUGUUUGGAGCUCGAGUGCUUCCCCAGUUUCGGAUGUUUUCGCGGCUCGGGAAUACGGAGCACUCGACCAGCCAACUACAAAAGAUUUAAAAGUUCCCAUAUCACCCGUAAAAGGUAACGGAGGAGAAGAGUACGUGGAGAGCUACGGAAAUAACAACAUAAACAUCGAAGGAACGGGUGCAAACAUCGUAGGUGGCAAGGCAAUGCCGCCGACAAGCGUUAUGACUAGGCUAAUACUGAUAAUGGUGUGGCGGAAACUGAUUCGAAACCCGAAUACGUAUUCGAGUUUGAUCGGUCUGGUCUGGUCUCUAGUAUGUUUCAGAUGGAAUGUUAAUAUGCCUGCAAUCAUAACAAAGUCCAUUUCAAUACUGUCUGAUGCAGGGCUUGGCAUGGCCAUGUUCAGUCUUGGUUUGUUUAUGGCAUUGCAACCACGAAUCAUAGCAUGUGGAAAUUCCAUGGCAUCGAUCGCCAUGGCUGUGAGAUUCUUUGUGGGACCAGCUGUUAUGGCCAUCGUCUCUUAUCCUGUUGGUCUACGUGGUGUUCUCCUACGUAUUGCUAUUGUCCAGGCUGCUUUACCACAGGGUAUUGUCCCCUUUGUCUUUGCCAAGGAGUACAAUGUCCACCCUGAUAUCCUCAGCACUGGUGUUAUAUUUGGAAUGCUAAUAGCGUUACCCAUAACGCUUGUGUACUACAUUUUGUUGGGGUUGAAAUAGACAAGGUUGGCAUCAUCAUAAUUCGGUGGAAAAUACGUCCAUGCUCGAAAGCAGUUGGUAAUGUAGUUGUCAGGUUUUUAGUUGGUAGAAAUAGAAAAGAUGGUGGUCGCUUAAAUGAAAUUCGUUCCACAUUGUUUAGUCGAGUUAAUGUUAUACGACAAAAUGUUAAACUCGAGUUGGGUUAAUGUAGUUUAUGUAUUUAUGUUGAUUUACAUUCUUUACAUGUUCAA